UUGCCUAACAAUCAAACGAAAGGCAUAUAUCGACACAUCUCUCGAGUCUCGCAAAAGUUUGGAGAAAUUCGGUUCAUAACGGAAGGCCUAUACGAUACGCUACAGGUGUCAGCUCUCAGUCGCGACAAAGACACCGGCAUUCAGUACCUGUACUACGCGUCCACCCGUCCUUCAAAGCCCGGCGAACGGCAUAUCUAUAAAGUGUUGAUCACUAGCACUAACACAAAGACUACACCCGAGUGUCUGACCUGCGAUUUGGGCGACAAAUGUCUGCAUAACUCGGCGUAUUUCAGCCACAAUGCAAAGUAUUACGUACUCGAGUGUAACGGACCCUUAAAUCCAAAGAUAGAGCUGAGACGUACGGACGACAACGGACUGGUCCUCACUCUUCAUAAUAACGACCGCUUGAGUGAUAUGUUGUCCAAUAAAUUGUUGCCAAAAAUCGAGAAAAUGGUUGUUCCCAUCAACGGAAACAACCUAUCAGUGAUGCUAUAUAUGCCGCCCGGUUUCCGCAAAGACGAAAUAGUGAAGUACCCGCUAUUGAUUCAGGUAUACGGAGGACCUGGCUCACAGAUGGUCACCGAGCGCUUCCAAAUCAAUUGGGGAUCAUAUCUGGCGUCGACUAAAGACAUUAUCUAUGCGUUCAUCGAUGGCCGCGGGAGUGGCAAUCAGGGCGACCGACUCAUGCAUGAGUUGUACCACAGCUUAGGUACCGUCGAAGUCGAGGAUCAGAUCGCUGUUGCCAAAUAUUUUCGCGAUAACUAUAACUACGUUAAUAAAGACGCCAUAGGAAUAUGGGGCUGGAGUUAUGGUCAGUAG